CUAGCAUAAGGCCUUUGGAGGUAGGUGGCAAACAUGGCCCUUUCCUUUCACUGGGAAUCAAGCAGACAAUUUCCACAAUCACUGCGUUCAGGUUUUACAGCCAUAACUUGUUGACAGCACACACGUUAUGUUGCGACCCUUAGAGUUACGGAUACGUUGAAGCACAAGUGCAAUCUCCCUCUGAGAAACUGAAUCCAAUCAAUUGCUCAACGCAUAGGUGCAUAGUGGCCACAUCGGUCUAAUAGCGGCCCGUCGGCAGCGUCACCGGCGAAAUGGGAACCAACGCAGGUGUAGACCUGCGAAUAGGAUGGGAGGAAAAUGAGCAAAAGGAGUUUCUCAAGGCCUUAAGGCAACCUCUGAUGGUCCAGACACCGCUCCAGCUUGUCAUAGAGAAUGUCUUCCAACGGCUUCAGUCGCAAGCUGUAUUCAUGCAGCAAAUGAAGGAAAAGAUGGACCGCAUCGCCGUCAAGGACGUGCAAGCGGACGAGCUGCUGGACCGCAUCAAGCUGCUGGAGUCACGGCAGGGCGACGCAGCAGGUCCCAAGCUCAAUCCCUUCAACCAGCAGGAAAUCCUGGCGCGACUAGACGCGCUGGAGGGCAAGGUGCAGGAGGCAUCUGGGGAGCGGGGGCCGCCGUCGGAAACCGGCGACGGCAGCAUCUCCGACCUGGAAGCCCGCCUGCAGCGCCUGGAGAAGCGCAUGAGCGGCGUCUACAACCUCAACGGCAAGCUGGUAGCCAUCGAGCAGAUCGCCUCCGGCCUGGGGCUCUCCAUCCCAGACCUGGAGUACCCCACAGGCGGCGGCCCCCCGCCGCAAACACCUCCACAGGCCGCUGCGCUGCCGCCGCUGUCGCUGGGCGCCUGGCGGCCACCCACCCACCCGCCCGGCUCGCAGCUGCCGCCGCUGCUGCACCAGCCCUCUCACCACAUGCAGCUGGGCACCUCUCCAGAGGGCGGUGUUGGGGGUCCUGCUGGGGGUGCUGCUGGAGGAGCAGGAGGCAUCUGGGGCCCUUCGACGCUGACAGCGACCGGGGCGCCGCCAGCAACCGCCUCCAGCGAUGACGGGCUGUCCUGGCUGCGUCUGGGCUCGCCGCAGGUUGGCGGAGGCGGCUACGGCGGCGCUGCUGCCGCCGACGUGCCGGCACCCCCAGGGUCCGCCCCAGCCGCCUCGCAAGCCCGCAGCGGCUCCCCACAGGUGUACAGCCCGAGAGCUGCGGCCGGCAGCCCACCUGUGAUGAGCCGGCUGCUGGGAAGCGCGGGGUUGCCACCCAACUCCGCAGCCAGCCUGGGGUCGACCACCACCGGACAUGGAUCGCCCGGCGGGCCUAACGGAGGAAACGGAGGAAACGUCAACGUCUCCGUACAGAAGCUGACGCAGGUCGCGCAGGAGUUGGCGGCGCUUCGUGACGAGAACGAGGCGAUGAAGGAGGGAAUGGAGCGGUUAUCGCAGCAGAUCAACGCGUUGAGGUCGGGUCUGGGUUCCAAUGCGGUGGAGUCGUUAAGUCGGUUACAGCAGGUGGAGGAGUCGGUUGGCGCACUGCAGGCGCAGGUUGCUGACCUAGCGGCGGCGCGGCGCGACGCGGCUGCACGACAGGGCUCAGAGGUGUCCUUCGCGGACUUCAGCCUGCUCCGAAGCCAAAUGGAGGCGGCGGUCGCGGAAACCCGGGCGGCAACGGCGGCAGUGGCGACACUGUCGGAACGCGAGGUACCCGCGUUGACUGCUCGCGUGGACGAACUAACGGAGGGGCUGAAGAAGAGCGCGGAACCACGGGACAUUGACGCUUUGUUCCAUGAGCGGUUGAACGCGUUGGAGGCUGCGGUGGGUGACAUGCGUAACGACCUGCGGGGCAGCUUGGAAGCAGCCCUGGAGAGCGCCGUCAAGCUGGAGGACUUGCAGAUCGUGGAGGAGGCACUGGAGGGCAAGGCCUCCACAGAGGCGUUACGGCUGCUGCAGCAGCAGACACAAGCGCUAGGGCAGGCAGUGGCGGGCAUUGGCGAGGCGCUGGCGUUACGUCCCGAUCUGGCGGCUGGCGGCGCGGGCGGCGGCGGGGCGGGAGGCGCCGGAGCGGCAGGAGGGGGUCCGAUUGGGCCGCUGGCGACGAAGCUCCGGUGUCUCACAUGUGACCAGCCGAUUAAGCCGCCGGUGCAGGGGGGUAGCAGCUGGGGUGGCGGAGGGCCGGGUGGCAAGGGAGGCGGCUUCCUGCCGCGGUUGGAGUCCAUGCCGCUGCCGGCGAAGGAAGGACCGGUGGGGAGUCCGGGCAUGAUGAUAGCGGAGUUGCGGGCGAGUAAGGAGGAGC